UCUCUUUUCACGGGAGUGUCCGUGAGUCCGUGCGCUUUGUGUUCUCCACUCCGUCUCCAUCAUCAUCAUCAUCAUCAUCAUCAUCAUCACCGUGGUCGUCACCGAUCAGAGACAUCACCCCGUCCCGCGGUGUUUCCGACUCUCUGCUGCGGCUCUGCUCGGUGCAGCGAUGCUGCUGAUUGGCUGUGUCCUGCUGGCUGUGUGUUCCGCAGCGCCGCCUGCACACAUCAACCGCCUGGCUCUGUUCCCUGAUAAAAGCGCCUGGUGUGAGGCCAAGAACAUCACACAGAUAGUGGGGCACACGGGGUGUGUGUCUCAGUCCAUCCAAAACAGAGCGUGUUUGGGACAGUGUUUCAGUUACAGUGUACCCAACACAUUCCCUCAGUCCACUGAGUCUCUGGUGCACUGUGACUCCUGCACGCCUGCUCAGACACAGUGGGAGGUGGUGACACUAGAGUGUCCUGGCAGUGUGGAGACUCCACGGGUGGAGAAGUUGGUGGAGAGAAUUCUACACUGCAGCUGUCAGUCAUGUGGUAAGGAGCUCGGACAGGAGGGGGCGCUGCUGCAGCUCUACAGCCCUGAGAACACACUCGAUCCUGACACACACAACACACACAUCGAACCACAAAACACACACUUGCACACUGACACACACAACUCACACAUGCCUGCACAUGGAGACACACACACACAAGGCGAGUCCAACACACACACACACACAGCUGAGGGAGGAUGAAUUCUUGCCCACAUCUGCCCCCCCCCACCCCCCCACACACACCUCCUGUCUGCUUAUCUGUGGUUGAGAGAUAAAAAAAAGUUUGCUUUGUCACACAGCUGUCAAUUUAAUGUUACACUUCCUAGUCGUGUGAUUUCUGUUCUUUAUCUUCUACAGUAACAAGUGACUUUCGUCUGGUUUUCAUUUCUUUGUUUUGAAGUUGACAGAAUUUUAAGGGGAAUAAAGACAUUUUUGAGUAAAUACUCCAUUGUGACUUCAGAAUAUUUAAAAGAUGUUUUAAAAACUUUUCAUCAUUCUUUUUUCUUUUAUUUCUUUAUUUGCUUUUAUCUUUAACUUCUUUGGCUUUUCUUAUUUACUUUUUCCCUCUGCCUUGUUAAAUAUUUCUGUUUUAUUCUCUACUUUCUUUUCAGUUUGUAUUUCUUUCUUUCUUUCUUUCACUCGUGUAUAAAUGCACACAUCACUGUUCAGAAUUAAAUAUUUUUUCUCUAAAUCCCCAGUCACACACACACACACACACACACACACACGCACGCACACACACACUCUGGCUUGAUUAUUGAAGUUAUACUUCACAAUUGUAUGAUUUUUGUAAACACAAUAAACACUUUAAACACUGCUGAA